AAAGAAAAUGUGCAAGUUUCAUUGAACCUUGAAAAGGUAUCGAGAUGGGGGGAGGGGCGACGGGGGGCACCCGAUAUCUUCUACAAGGAAGCUCAGCGCCUUGGCUAUGUUGCUCGCUCUGCCUUCAAGCUGGUACAGAUACAGAAGCAGCACAAGCUCAUCAAGGCUGGCUCAUCCGUACUGGACCUCGGCUGUGCUCCGGGUGCUUGGCUCUCCACAGAUGCAGCUCUGUCAGUGGAGCUAGGGAUGCGAGCAUUGGAUUUGGCUGUUGGCAGAAGAGCUGCAUUUUCAGUUUAUGCUGACGGUGAUGAUAAUCAGGAAGGUGAGCAAAGCCAUGAUGAUCCAUCCACUUUGGCGGAAACUGGAGUGUUGCAAGUUGGUGGGAACCUUCUUAUAAAGCUUUUGGAGAGCGAAGAUGCAAAAGGAAAUUUGUUGCUUGCUAAGAGAAGCUUAUUUUCAAUGCAUUUGUCCUCAUAAUUUGGGUUAACUUGGUAGAACUGCUGUUUUGUGUUUUUGUUUAUUUUUUGUACCUCCCCGCAGCACUAUCUGUUCAUAGACUGGUGUAACUUUUAAAACUCUUAUUCUAGUUCACUUUCCCUCGUAACAUGCAUCAUCUAACAAGUUGGAUAUUUACUGUGGUUUCUUAUUUUGUGA